UUGUGUCCUGCUUAUUCAAUGGCCGGAAACGGCGGAUGCCGCAACAUUGUAACGGCGCUGAAUAGAGGAUUUUUAACACGCCAACUGGAACCAGCCUUGGUUUUACUCCGUGGAAGGUGCGGUCCUAACCGGGCGAAGUAAAAAGAUUUGACCAUUUUUUCCUCCCUGGACAUUUUGUCUUUACUGUGUGGACUGUAAAGCCGACACGAUUACACAACCUCUGACGGGAUCAAAGGGGACAGUCGUUCCGCACCGGAAGAACCACAAAUGUAUCGCAUUAAUAUAACCGGGGGUUCCCAAACUAAGGGUCAGGGGCCCGGUUUGGACCACGAGGCAAUUUUUGUUUUUCCUAGUAAUUUUAUUUUUGAAUAAUUUUGUUGUGAUGCUGCUCAACUGCGAGCGUCCUUUAACUCUUCUGAGUUACUCGGACGUGCCGCCCCGGGUCAUCGAGAACUUCAUCCUGACCGGCUACCGCUUCCCCAACUACAGCUUCCGGGAUUGCGUCCUGUCGGCGUUCCGGCCCACCAACGAGACGGGCAACUUCUGGACGCACUUCCUCCCCGUGUUCGUGUUCGCCUACCACUUCGCCGAGGUCUUCGACUGGGAGGAGGCGCCGUCCGGGUGGCACCCGUUUUUCUACCCGCUCUGGACCUACUUCCUGUGCGUUUCGUCUCUGUUGGUGUCCAGCAGCUUCGCCCACUUGCUGAACUCCAUGUCGCUGGUGGUGAGAGAAGUCUGCUUCUUCGUGGACUACGGGACCAUCAGCGCCUACACGGUGGGGUCGUCCUUGGCGUACCAUUACUACAUCCACCCCCGGCCCGGGCUGGACCAGAUAAACGCCGACGGGAACUUGAAGCCUUCGGAGUUCCGACUCUUCUUCGAGACUCUCUACAUCCCCAGUGCUUGUGUCGUGGCCAUUAUUUGCCUCCUGUCCUGCUGCUACACUCGCCAAAAGUGGAGGCGCUAUCGAUACGCCAUCAGGACCCUGGUCUUCCUCCUCCCGUUUCUGGUGUCGUCCACUCCCAUAUUUUACCGCCUCCUCGUCCGAUCGCCGUAUUCCACCGCCUCCGUCUUCUUCUACCGCCACUGCUUCUGGCUGCUGGCGGCGGCCGGGUUCAACAUCAGCAAGGUCCCGGAGAGGUUGUCGCCGGGUCACUUCGACAUCUGGGGUCACAGCCACCAGUGGUUCCAUUGCUGCACCUUUUUGUCCAUCCUGGACGAGCUCCACAUGAUCAAGUCGGAGGUGAGGGCCAUCCUGGCCGGGUCCGUAGCGCUGCCGCCCGGCCCGGCAGCCGGGGCCACCUACGGGGUCAUGCUUUUCCUGCAGGCCACCAUCGUCUCAAUCAUUGUCGCGUUUUCUUGGCAUGCCAACUGUCUUUACGGAAAUCAACUGGCAAACAAACAACAGAAAUGUCACUGAUUUCUUAAUCAUAUCUCGUAGUUUCGACACCAUUUGAUGAUGAAUAAAAGUCAUUAGCCGCUAUGCUGAGAUGUAUGAUUUAUGAUCUACAACAGGGGUGUCAAACUCAGAUACAGAGUGGGCCAAAAUUUAAAACUGAACAAAUUAACCUUCUAAUUAACCUUUUAAUAGGGACCCAAACAAGUUUUACAUUGAAUAUUGAACAAGCAAGGCUUAUAUAACUUUAUAGUGACAUGCAAAAUCGAGUUUCAAAUACCGGUAAUAAUAGUAAUAAAUCAAAAUUAACAAUGUCAUAUCAAAUACAAUUUAAAUAAAAAUUGAAUGCCUCUUUUCUAUUUGCAGCCUUUUGAGGUAAAUAUCAACAUUAACUUUUUCCACAGGCUAAUAAAUGUGAAAAUAAAAUAACAAUUAAUAAAUCAACAAUUCAGGACUUUAAACUGCUCAGUUUGCAACACACUGAUCUAAUCUGAUGUGCCCAAACCAGAUACCUGCCAUCUUUUCUUGGAUGCUAGUUCAUUAAUGUCAGGGCUCAGGCUUUGAGCUGAGGCAACCUUCAUUAUCCAACCAAGGUGUUCAUCAGUCAUUAUACCUCGUAGUCCACCCGGACCACAGUCUUGGGGGCGUGCCUUAAAGGCACUGCCUUAAUUGAACGUCCUCUACGAGCUGUCGUCACUUCCGCUUUUCAUCCAUUCUAACAACGUGCCGACCCAGUCACAAGAUAUGUGCGACUUCUGUAUGAACACACUUGGUAAUGCAACGCAUACUUGAUCAACAGCGAUACAGGUUACACUGAGGUUGCUCGUAUAAACAACUUUAACAAUGUUAGAAAUAUACGCCUCACUGUGAACCCACUACUCCGGCUUCCUCCCACCUCCAAAGACAUGCACCUGGGGAUAGGUUGAUUGGCAACACUAAAUUGGCCCUAGUGUGUGAAUGUG